CUUUUGUGAGACGGACGGACAGGAAUGUUACAAUUUAUUUGUAAAAUACAUAAUUACCAGAAACCUUGGGAGAUUCUUUUUCCUUUGCCUUAUGCUCUAAAAUUACCCAUCUUUCAGUCUGAGGCACAAGUAAAUCAUAAGUAAUAAUAAUCGAUACAUCUAUACAAACAUUAUGAAGCUGAAGAGUUUGUUUGUUCAAACGCACUAAUCUCAAGAACUACUGGUUCGAAUUGAAAAAUUCUUUUUGUGUUGAAUAGACCAUUUAAAUUCCAUCUGAUGUAUCACUAGGUGUAAUUUGCUAAUAAAUACAUUAGUUAUGUCUUUACAGUUUAAGAUAACCGUGAUUCGUAAAUAUAAUGUAACUCACUUGUUUGUUGUUCACUUUCUUUAGUUCCCGCCUCACCGAGUACUCGUUCAAUAAAGUUCGUUCUCAGUUCCGUCAUUUCCAGAAUCUAUCGUUCAUUCUUGCGACCAUAUUUUAUGAAAAGUUUUCUCAGCGACCGGUGUUGUACUUGUUUUUCGUUGUUUUAUGAAUUGCAAUCAAUAACAUUGUAAUAUGGAGUCUGAAAGCUAUGAAGUAAAAGUACUGCAUUAUAUAAAUCCACAUUUGAUAUGGGUUUUAGUUAAAAAUGACAAUGAAGAAAAUAAAGUUCACUUCGAACAAAUAGGUAUUUAUGGUAUAUUGCCACAAAAUGUAACUUUGGAAAUAGAUUGCGUGGUGAAAACUGAGCAAAGCGAGGAGUGGAUGCCGGCUGCGGUUUUUGUUAUGAAAAGAAUAUUCAUCGAAUCGUCAAGACUUUGGUUUUCUCCUACCUACUUGGAUAAAAAAUCAUCCAUUUUCGAUGACAACACUCAUAAAUAUGGUGACUUAAUUAUAGAAUUAAAAAGCGGGAAAAUUGUCAGCCUAUGUGACGAACUUAUAGAAUCUCAGUUUGCUAUCGGUGAUCAUGGCCUCUUCCACGAAGCAAUACGUGACAACAUAUUAAAUGUUAAAGUUAACGAUGUAACUGAUAUUAUUAAGAACAUUAAAAAAUCCUGUUUAUUGCUAAAUGUUCCUAAGAACGUAUGGUUGAAUGCGUUGAAUAACCAAACCGUAGUACUGCAGGAAGCCCAGCAGUUGGAAGCAAUGAUAAAUUCUAAUAAUUUUGAUGGGCACAACGGUGACAAUGUUAGUAUGUUGUUGACAAACAAGAUGAAUGAUUUGAAGUUAUGUAAGGAUGUUGACGAGGAGUCCGCUGGACGAGCCAGUUCUCGUCAGAGUCCCAGGCCCAGUCUUUUAAGCGGAGCCCUGAAAAAGAAGCUGGAAUUACUUCAAGCUCAAAGUCAGGAUACUACGGACUCUGGGCCUCAGAAAAGUGCAGUUGUUUUGUCCCAGGAAUGUAAAAAAGAGAAAGCUCUUAUUGAUGAUGGCUAUAAAGCUGAAAAAGGUAAAAAACAAAGAAAGCCAAGCACCUCACACAAAAGAGAAGUCACUUAUGUAGCCUUUGGACCUGCUGGACUCAAGCCUCAAGAAUUCGCCGUGCACAAGCAACAACUUCUAGAAGACGAGGAACCGGUUAAGAAGGUUCCAGAACACAAGAAGGAACCCCAAAUAGAAGUAAAACGAGAUGUAUACUCUAAAACCGACUCUGAGGUAAACAUAAAAAUAACUAAUCUAGAUAUACUACAAAAAAUAAAAGCUAAAAAUGAUUUGUUUGAUAAAAAUACUAAGAAAAAUAAUACUGCGACUAAAGCUGAAACUCUCAGUGCUAUGACAAAUAAACUAAGGUACCUAGAAGAUAAAAUAUCCAAAAUUAAUGACAGUAUGUCUUCUACAUCGGAUAAAUCUAGUUCUGUAAUUGAUGUAGACUCGGACAACGAAAGUGUGACAGCAUUAGAAAUUAAACUAGGCUUGAACAAAACUAAAGUUAAGAAACCAGUUGAGUCUGAACCGCUAAACUUUGUGGAAGACAUAAAACCUCAUGUGAACCCAUUUAAAAAUCUAGACGGUAGUGUAUCUAUUUUCGUUGACAAGUUAGUUAGUCCCGUCCUCAUGGUACAUACGAAAAAGAAUAAUCGAAUUCAAACGGUAAACAAUAUGAGAGACAUUCCCUUCGGUAAGGAUAUUCAUGUGGCUCUAAGAAAUAUGUCCGUAAAUGAACCAAUGAGACCUCAAACGGUCUCUUGGUCUACAGUACUUAGAGGCCACAGUUUGUUCUUAAUAGGCCCAUUCAAUAGUGGAAAAUCCAUGGGAUAUUUGCCGGCAGUUAGUCGCUUAGUUAAUGAUUAUAAAAACUCGACUCAACCUAUUUUAGGACUUAGUACUAUAAUACUAUGUGCGACUUCCCAUUCCGUGGCGUCGGUCGAAAGUGCGUGUAAAAUGUUCCUACAUGGUGCUAAGAUCUUCGCUUGUUAUGCAGGUAUAGAUGAUUUAAAAAUAACUACAGCGUUAUUGAAUGGGUGUGAUCUUUUGAUCUGUACUCCGACGUUGCUUGUUCGUCUCAUUCGAGAGGAUUUCAGUCUUGAUCUUCGCAGCUUAUCAACUUUCGUUAUUGAUGACUGUGAACAUAUGUCGCAAGUGUAUCCGAACGAGCUCAAGUUUUGCCUUUUAAAAGUUAGAGACGUGGUUAAAGCUCGCGCUAAUAAAGAAUGGAAGGUUCAGUAUAUAGUAGUGUCUCGGAUUUGGUGUGAUUUCAUGUUAUCCCUCGCUAGAAAAGCACCUGAUUCCGUUAUAUGUAUCAGUGCAUUUGAAGAGUGUGUCUUAUAUUCGAAAGUAGCCACUUCUGUAGAGUUCCUUGUUAGAGAAAAGAAAUUAGACUCGGUUAUCCAAUUUCUGAAAGACACAGACCGAUCUAAGAAAACUGUCAUCGUUUGUCGAUCAGAUGAUGAAGUUGAUAUUCUAGAAAAAACUUUAACCAAAUUAAAGUAUGUCACAUUUGCUUGCAAUAGUUCUAUGACUAUUCAUAAUUUGUACAAAUUGGGUAAAUCUUUGAACGAAUACGUUGAGCCUGUAUCGGGACCGAUAUUAAUUUGUUGUGACGGUAAUUUAGCCCACUUAAACGUGACUGAUGCCUUUUAUUUAGUCCACUAUUCCUUACCUGCCCUGUUUUCAACGUUCUGCAAAAGAUUUUCAGUUUUGAACGACAAUUAUCCAUCCAUUUUCGUAGAUGAGGAAAGUCCCUUAAAAAUUAAGAUUCUACUUGAUGAUACAAAUAUUGAACAAUUGCCGAAAAUACUUCAUUUCAUAAAACGAUGCUCGAAUGAUAUUCCACCUCUGUUAGACGAGAUUAGUACGAGCGUUCUAUCAGAAAAAGACCUUAAGAAAGCUCAGAAUCUAGUUUCAAUAUGUAGAAAUCUUUUAUCUCUCGGAAAAUGUCCAGAUUUCUGGAAUUGUAGUGAUAGGCACGCGGUAUUCAAAGAUUUCGAUGAACCAAAGGCUUGGGUACCGAGAGAUGGAACUAUAACAUUCCAGAUACUGCACUAUCAUUCCGCUGUUUACUACUCAGCUCGAAUUACCUCUUGUAUCACUAAAAGUACCACUACAAAGUACCCUCAGACAUACAGUUUACUAUCUAUUAAAAUGGGAAUGUAUUAUAGCAAAGAAAGUAAUCGAAGGCUCCAUGGGACACCAGUAGUAGGAGAUAUAUGCGCGGUUACUUUAAAACAGAAUCUUUUCAUGAGAUGUCAAGUCACGAGGAUAUUACAAACUACUGCCCACGGGCAGCCAAAUCUUGUCCGAAUUAAAUUGAUCGAUGAAGAGAGAUAUGAAACGACAAAAGAUGUCCAGUUGUACCAUUUACCUGAUGAUCUUAAGAAUAUUGAAACACACGUAGUUACAGUUAUAAUGGCUAACCUCAUGCCGCAGGAUAAAGACGUAACAUUCUCAAAACUAGCUAGAAAUAAGUUGAAAAGAAUCACAGAUGAAAACGAAGACGUUUACUUGAGAGGUCAAAUUAAUUUGGUCAUAGGUAAUCAUGUGUUCGUUAAUACUGUAGAAGUCUGUCAAGAUCUGUCAUCGCUUGACGAAAUUGUAGUUAAAAAUGAUUUCCGCAAAGAACUGUUAGAUGGGCACGCAUUAGAUAACCCUAAUCACAUUGUAACUUUAAAGAAAUUGUGUUAUAAUACGCCAUGUGAAGACAAGGAACAAGAACUAGCAGUUGAAGUCCCAAAACCGAUUAAAACAUUACCUAAAGGCAGAUGGGCUCAUCUAGAGAGCGAUACAUUUUCCUCAGUUUUCUUCAUGUCCGCCGAAAAUCCUUGUAAAUUCUUCGUCAGACCGAUCAAAUUCGAAAAAUGUUUGACUACAUUGAUUAAAGAUAUACAGAAAUAUGUAGCUGAUGACCCUGAACCUCUAGAAGGUGUCAAUGUAGGUGAUAUCGUCUUGGCUGAGUUCCCCGACGACGCUACGUAUGAAAGAGCAAGGAUAGAUAAAAUUAUUGAUGAAAAUAAAGUCAGUUGCUUCUUUGUAGACCAAGCGGACUGGAGAGUAACUCCAAUUAAUAAAUUAAAACCCAUAACUGAACAAUUCAUUAAUUUACUUCCAUUUCAAGCGAUUGAAUGCAAGCUAAUAGGAAUACAGCCGGUUGGCGACGCUUGGUCUGAUUUCAGCACAAAUUUCUUCGCCGAUAAUUGCUAUGAUUCAGUUGACAAACUCAAACAUUUAUACACAAAAUACUUUACAAAAGAAAAAGCUGAAUUUACGGAUGGGCACAAAUAUGGAGUAGUUUUAGUGGACACAUAUUCUGAAAAUGAAGAUGUUAUUAUCAAUCAAGUGUUGAUUGAUAAGAAUCUAGCUGAGGAAACUGACGAAAUACAUUAUUUAAAUGAUAUACAGUUCAAAAGAGAAUCAUCGAAAGAUACAGAUACAGAAUCGGAUGUUGAAUCUGAUUUAGCAAAACCUCUUUUUGACGAUAAGGACAAUUUUCAAUUGGUAAAGAAGUUACCUAAUCAUAUUCUUAGGUCAGUUCCUUUAGUCGAUUCUGAUGACAGUCUUGACAGUUUCGAUUUUGUAACUGACAGUUUCGGAAAUCUGGGUUCCGUACCUAUUUCUGAAGUGGUGGCUUUAAAAGAGAUCCCUGAAAAUGUAAAUAAAAUUGAUACAAGUACAGUCACUCCAAUUGAAAAAGUUAUAAAACCAAAUGAUGAAUCUAAAAAUAGCUUAGUUACUGAAAAUUUAGUAGCACAGCAUUAUGGACAAUUUAGUAAACCGAAAUUACUAUGGCGACAAAAUUCAAAUACAGUAACAGUUAAAAUAAAACUAAUAGUUGACGAAUAUGAUAUCAAAAUCCAAGAAAGACACAUCACAUUUUCAGCUGAAGCUAACGACACGAAAUACGCGUUCGAUUUCGAAUUAUACGGCGUAAUUGACCCUAAAAGGUCAAACCAUUCGAAUAAAGGUCAAUACAUCCAGGUCAAGCUGUGGAAAGUGAUGGCCAGAAAUUGGUUGACCUUGACUAGAGAGAACGGUGUUAACAAAUGGAUUGUUUAUGAUGUGGAAAGUAUAGAUGUGUCAUCUGGUGAUGAAUCUGAUGAUGAUGAUCAGAAUAAGGUUAGGCAUAUAAAUACAUUUCUUGAUAGCGAUAGUGACGAUAAUUUACAAGAUGAUAUUAGUUUCUCGUAUAAGCGGGAGUAGUUUCUUGUGCCAUGUUUUAAACCAACAAUUUUAUAUUUAUCAUUAAAAUUAAAAUUCAU